AUGGAGCCCAACGUGCUGAGGGCUGGCAGUGGCUUCUGUAAGGAAGACUACAUUUGCCCACGGUGUGAAUCUGGUUUUAUUGAGGAGCUCCCUGAAGAGCCAAGGAACACAGAGAAUGAGACCAGCUCCUCUACAGCAGCCAGUGACCAGAGCAGACACCCCUUUGAGAACGUGGAUCAGCACCUGUUCACCUUGCCGCAGGGCUACGGCCAGUUUGCCUUCGGGAUCUUUGACGACAGCUUCGAGUUUCCGUUCGGGUCCAACGUGCAGUCGGAGGACACGCGGGACUCGGAGGGGCGGCGGGAGCGGGAGCACCAGUCCCGGCACCGCUACGGCGCCCGGCAGCCCCGCCCCCGCGCCCGCCUGGCCACGCGCCGCGCCGGCCGCCACGAGGGGGUUCCCACGCUGGAGGGAAUUAUCCAGCAGCUGGUCAAUGGAAUCAUUGCACCGACAACAAUACCAAACCUGGGGCUCGGUCCUUGGGGUGUCUUGCAUUCAAACCCCAUGGACUAUGCGUGGGGUGCCAACGGCUUGGAUGCAAUUAUCACACAGUUACUAAAUCAGUUUGAAAACACUGGACCGCCGCCAGCAGACAAAGAAAAGAUCCAGGCCCUCCCCACCAUCCAGAUCACACAGGAACACGUAGAUUCUGGGUUAGAGUGUCCUGUGUGUAAAGAGGACUACACAGUUGGGGAGCACGUCCGGCAGUUACCCUGCAAUCACCUGUUCCACAACGGCUGCAUCGUCCCCUGGCUGGAGCAGCAUGACACGUGUCCUGUGUGCCGGAAAAGCUUAAGUGGACAAAACACUGCCACAAACCCCCCGGGACUCACGGGGAUGAACUUCUCAUCGUCCUCCUCCUCCUCUUCCUCCAGCUCACCAAGUAACGAAAACUCAUCGAACAACUCAUGAAAUCUCAGUUCCCCUCCCUCCCUGGGGCCCUGUCCCUUGCCCUUCCUCCCUCCCCAGCCAACGUAAGCAACAAAAGGGUCUUCCAGAGCAGAGCCAGGGAGGGGGGAGUGAGGGGGAGGCAGCACCCCUGGAAUUCCCUUUUGAGUUCUGAAGACAUGGAGACUCCAGGUCCUGCAGAGAGGAGAAGCCUCGAGCUCUGUGCUGAGGGAGAGCUCUGUCUGUCACUAACACCCCUCUGCUGCCUGGAC